GUGUUCCUUUUACUCUGGGCUAGAGGGGAGUUCAGGAAUCAAGAAUGAAGCUCCUCUUUGUGGCUGCCUUUGCACUCUUUGUGCUCUCUACCUUUGAUCAUGCUGACUCCUCAGCUUAUGACAAAAUAGUUACCCACAGCCGCAUUAGGGCAAGAAAAGAAGGACCCAAUGUCUGUGCACUUCAGCAAGUUAUGGGGACAAAGAAGAAAUACUUCAGUACUUGUCGUAAUUGGUACCACGGGUCCAUCUGCGGAAAGAAAGCGACUGUGCUGUAUGAAUGCUGUCCAGGAUAUAUCAAGCUUGAAGGCAUGCAAGGCUGUCCUGCAGUUGCUCCAAUUGAUCACGUGUAUGGGAGUCUGGCUCUUGUUCAGGCUACUUCAACCCAAAAUUAUGCGGACAUUUCUAAGCUAAGACCUGAGAUUGAGGGACCAGGAUCUUUCACUUUUUUUGCUCCAAGCAAUGACGCCUGGGGGCUGUUGGAUGAGACAAUAAGGAAUGCACUGGUCAGCAACGUCAACAUUGAACUCUUCAAUGCUCUGCACUACCACAUGGUCAACAAACGCCUCCUAACCAAAGAUCUAAAGAAUGGAUUGAAAUUGACCUCUAUGUACAAUGACCUUGGUCUCUAUAUUAACCAUUAUUCCAAUGGGGUGGUUACUGUAAACUGUGCUAGGAUUAUCUAUGGUAACCAGGUUGCAACCAAUGGAGUUGUUCAUGUCAUUGAUCGUGUCAUCACUAGUGUUGGAAGCACUAUCCAGGAUUAUAUUGAGGUUGAGGAAGAUUUAACAAAGCUAGCUGAAGUAGCUCAGACUGCUGGACUGCUGGAAAAACUGGGUCAGCCAGGAUUCUACACUCUCUUUGCUCCUACCAACAAUGCCUUUGACAAGAUUGGUGGCGAUACCAUGGAAAGACUUUUAAAUGACAAAGAUGUCCUGAGAGCUCUCUUGAAUUUCCACCUCCUGGGCUCAGUCCAGUGCUCUGAGGCCAUCAUGGCAGGAACCUCUUAUGAAACCCUAGAAGGAAACAACAUUGAAAUAGGUUGCGAUGGAGACAGUUUAACAGUUAACGGCAUUAAGAUGGUACUCAAGAAGGACAUUGUCACUACCAAUGGUGUCAUCCACCUUAUUGACCAAGUGCUGAUUCCAGACUCAGCUAAGCAGGUAAUGGAACUGUUGGGAGGUUCACAGGCAACCUUUGGGGACAUGAUCACUGAGCUGGGCCUUUCCACUGAAAUGAGAGCAGACGCUGAGUAUACUUUGCUGGCUCCUUUCAAUGCUGCCUUUACUGAUGAAGUGAUGUCCCUGGAUCAAAGCGAGCUUAAGAUCAUCCUGGAGAAUCACAUCCUAAAGAAAAAGUUUGGUCUUGGACAACUGUAUAAUGGCCAGCAGCUGGAGACUAUUGGAGGAAAGACCCUCAGGGUCUUCAUUUACCGCACGGCUGUGUGCAUUGAGAAUUCCUGCUUGAUACGAGGCAGCAAAGAAGGGAGCAAUGGAGCCCUUCAUCUCAUGAGGACUAUGUUGAUGCCUGCAGAAAAAUCUAUGUUCGAGAUUCUGACUGAAAACGGAAAUUUUAAGAUCUUUUUGUCUCUAAUGGAAGCAGCUGGGUUGAUAGACCUGCUCAGACAAGAGGGAGGUUUUACUUUGUUUGCCCCCAGCGAUAAGGCGUUUGCUGCUUUGACUGAAAGAGAGUUGAACAUGUUGAAAGGUGACAAAAAUGCGCUCAAGACAAUUCUUCUGUAUCACUUAAGUAAUGGCAUCGUUAUUGGAGGUGGUUUGGAGGGCGGCGUGACAAAUCUGCUAAAAUCUCUCCAGGGAAGCAAUAUUCAACUAAAACUUGUGAAUAAUGAUGUGCAAGUGAAUUCCUUGCUUCUCCCAGAAACCGAUCAGAUGGCCACAAAUGGUGUUAUUCAUUUUGUCAACCAAAUCUUAUACCCUAAAGAUAUCCCUGUGGGGAAUCAGGAACUCCUUUCAAUACUCAAGAAGCUCAUCACUUACAUACAAGUCAAGUUUGUUUCAGGAUACAGAUAUCAGGAAAUACCUCUUACAUUUAUGAAGAAGAUCAUCACACGUGUUGUCCAUCAAUCUCCUGAAGUGAAAAAAGUGACAAGGAUUAUUGACGGGUCCACCACUACAGUUACUAGGGUCAUUGAACCUUCUGUCCGCAAACUCACCAGGGUUGUCCCAGGCUUUCAAUAUUCUGCCAGUUCAGGCUCCACAAACAUUGGCCUGGAAGGAGUUGACAGAUCAAGAAUUGUUACCUUUGAAGGGAACACAAACCUUGAUGCCGAGCAACUAGCUGGAAUGAUCCAAAGAAGACCUAAUUCAAGAAGAGGUGUAGGUGGCAACAGGAGGAGGGGAAGGAACUGAGAAUGGUCACAUGAGGAUAUCUUCCUGGUGAAGUUAAGCAUGGAGGCUGAAACUGGCGUUUUACAAACGAUACAUCUAGAGUGUUGUUUCCUGAAUAUAUUGUGAUAGCACUUGCUAAACACAACUGUUUUGAUAAAUUCUCAAAUUUUAAGGUGCUUUAUUUGUACAUAGAUUGAAUUUUUAAAUUCAUUGUAUGUUAGCAGUUAAAAUUAACUGAAACAAGGAAGGUUAUAGUAGUGAAAAUCAAGUCAGUAUAUAGGGACAAAAAUAUUGUUUCUAACUUUUUUUUAUUUUGAUCAAGGUAAAUGUUAGAGCAAGAGUGCUUAAUGAGGUGCUUUGAGAAAAAUCUCAGUAUGAAAAUGGCCUAAACUAUUUUCUCUUGCUUCACCUGCUAUGUAACUUUAACAUCUCUGACUUUAAGUGGCUUAAGGUUUCAUGUACAUUUGGUUAGUGGAUUGUGUCAUUUGUAAUGAUAUGGAUAAAUCCAGGUAUGCUCUUUCUUGUUUUCCAAAAAUCCUACAAUAAAGUGCUUCUGUUGAGGUAACUGCAUUACCAUAAAAAGUAAUUUUUAUUUCCUUGCACAGUUCCUCAAUUUGUUUGUUAAUGUUAUAUUAAAAAAAUAGCUUAAAUCUAAA